AUGGCUUUUGUGCAACGUCGAAAGGGUCCUGAUGUAGUGGGAUCGUUCGGAUUGUUACAACCUCUAGCAGAUGGUUCGAAAUUGAUUCUAAAAGAACCUAUUUCACCAAGUAGUGCUAAUUUCUCCCUUUUUAGAAUGGCCCCGGUCACUACAUUUAUGCUAAGUCUGGUUGCUCGGGCCGUUGUACCUUUUGAUUAUGGUAUGGUAUUGUCAGAUCCGAACAUAGGGCUACUUUAUUUGUUUGCCAUAUCUUCGCUAGGUGUUUAUGGAAUUAUUAUAGCAGGUUGGUCUAGUAAUUAUAGGGGGCGGCCGUUCGGUCGCCUAUGAUACUAGGACCAAUAGGUAAAAAAUUGCUUUGUGCCGCAGGUGUUGAACGAUCCACUCUACACAGGUGUGGGCUUACAGGGCUAGGGCUCAUAAACCUUUUCUUUCAUUCAUCAAUAGGGCUCUGCUUGCUUACUUUUCCGGGCCGGAAUCCAGAAAAGGAAGUCAUAAAAAAGAGAUCUUUCUCUUCGCACCACCGAUAGACUACUUAUUAAGAUUCAAUUCAAAAGGCGACUACUUAGCCCUACAUUAGCGGGACUAAGUAAGGCCUGAGGCCCCCUUCGAAUCCGUAAAUUUGAAGAGCAUGCCGCAACAAAAGGAUGGUCCCUUAUGCAUUUCUUUCUUUUUGGAAGGGAAAAAAAAAGUACCCCCCAUCAUGGUGAACCUCUCCUUGUGAUCGUGAUGAGGUAGAUGCCUUCCAGCCGGGGGGCGGAUCGAAUCGGAGUUUCCUUAGGUAGCCACCGACCAACAGUUAUCCUUAAACUUCCGUGCUUGGUGGAGAAGAAGCGAACAAAGGUACGCUCGCUUGUUGUCUUGUUCUCUGCCGCGAACUGGGAUCGCUCGCCAGCUAGGUCAGAUUGGAGCAACAUUGUAUGAGAACAUAUUACCAAUAUUCGGGGACAGGGGGCGGAACGACCUCUCGAUCUACUUACUGCAGCCCAGGAAGAAAAACAUCGUCUAGGCGUUCUCUCUUGCUCCGAUCUCCUCUACGCCUAGGACGUUGUCUGGGCCAAGAGCCAUAGCUAGUUGCUGUUUCUAUUUUCUUUUUUUUUUCGUUGUUGAUACCGGCAAGACCCAGCCAGAUGAUGUCUGCUGGUUGGUAGUGAGAGGAUUCUUAGUACCUGCAUACUCAAAAGAGAGCGCUGGUUAAAAAACAAUCAUUUGAUUUUCUUUCUUGCUCUCUCUUAGCAGCGGGAAAGGAGUCUAUCUAUCUGCCUAGCUUUGGUGGAUUUCCCUCAACGCAAUCUAAAGAAAUUCUAAAAAUCCCUUUUUGGAUAAGUCCGACGACUCAGCAGCAGUGCGGAAUUGAGUUUCUCGUCCGGUGGAUCUGAUCUAUAGUUAGGGGACAAUACAUACCAAAAGGUUCGAAGAAA